CCGAGAUUACUUUAUCGAACUUAAUAUUUCGGUAGAGUCAAGUGAUUGGAAGAGUAACUGCUCGCUGGUCAGGGCUCCAACAGUUUGGCGUUUCAAUUUGUUGCUGGUCGCUGUCUUGCGAGCUUCUUUGAGUAUGAGUAUACAAUGAAGAGGCGCGUGGAGGACCAGGAACCAAUAUUUGCAUCCCAGCAACAGCAAUCGCGCCGCCUUCCAGUUUCAGGUACUGCAGAGAACUUCCAGCACCGUGUCCUAGCUCCAGCUCCUGCUGCGGUAGAGGCAGUUGCAGACAAUAUGCAGCCCUCCACUGGCAUUCAGUAUUCCAUCCCACAGGGCUACCAGGUGCCUACAAUGCCUCAGGGCUCCAGUGGACAUGGACACAACAAUAGUUCUGCUGCGCAUGUUGGUCCCCAUUCUCACAGCCCAGCAGUUCAAUCCCAAGGGCCUGCAGUGGUCCAAGGCCACAUUCAUCCGCCCACUCCUAUGACCCCUACCCAGGGGCAGCAGCAGUUUCAGCGGCUGAAGGUUGAAGAUGCCUUGUCCUAUCUGGACCAAGUGAAACUGCAGUUUGGGAACCAGCCUCAAGUUUAUAAUGACUUCCUUGAUAUAAUGAAAGAAUUUAAGUCCCAGAGCAUAGACACCCCUGGAGUUAUCAACCGUGUGUCCCAGCUCUUCAAGGGCCACCCAGACCUCAUUAUGGGUUUCAACACCUUCCUGCCACCGGGCUACAAGAUUGAGGUGCAGACUAAUGAUCUGGUGAACGUAACCACACCAGGCCAAAUUCACUACAUCACCCCCCAUGGCAUCUCCGUCCAGAACAUCCCUGUAAGUGGAGCGUCCAGCCAGCCUGUGAGCCACCACCAGCACCAGAGUCUGCCGCAGGCUGGUACACACACAACCACCACGCCUGCCUUGCCCACUCAGCCCACGCCAGCCAAGACCAGCAAGCCAGUGCAGUCUCCAGCCCUGACCCCCACCAGCCAGCCCAACCCUUCGAUCCCAUCAUAUGCCUCUCCCCGCUCACCUUCAGUCCAGCCCCACACUCCAGUGAGCAGCACACCCUCUGGGGGCCCGCCAUUGCAGAACAACCAGCCCGUGGAGUUCAACCAUGCCAUCAACUACGUCAACAAAAUCAAGAAUCGCUUCCAGGGCCAGCCAGACAUCUACAAAGCCUUCUUGGAGAUCCUGCACACCUAUCAGAAAGAGCAGCGAAAUGCGAAAGAAGCAGGUGGCAAUUACACCCCAGCCCUGACGGAACAGGAGGUCUAUGCUCAGGUGGCUAGGCUCUUCAAGAACCAGGAGGACCUGCUCUCGGAGUUUGGACAGUUUCUGCCAGAUGCAAAUAACUCAGUGCUGCUGAGCAAGACUACAGCUGACAGAGCGGAGUCGGUGCGUAACGACCAUGGCGGCACAGUGAAGAGACCCUUGUUAACCAGCAAGCAGAGGCUGAACCAGAACGGUUUGCCAAUCAGGAGACCUUCUGGAGUAGGAGCCACCCCCCCUGUCAAGAAGAAACCCAAGAUGUUAGGGAAGGACCAUGCCAUGGCUGAAGCCAGCAAACACAGUACUGGCACUGAAACAUUGUUCUUUGAAAAGGUGAAGAAAGCCCUCAGGAGCUCCGAGGCAUAUGACAACUUCCUGCGCUGUCUGCUCUUAUUCAACCAGGAGGUGAUUUCACGUACUGAGCUGGUACAGUUAGUCAUCCCAUUUCUUGGGAAAUUCCCAGAGCUUUUCACUUGGUUCAAAAACUUCCUGGGCUAUAGAGAGUCCAGCCACGUGGAAAGUUUUCCCAAGGAGCGGGCUACAGAGGGCAUAGCCAUGGAGAUUGACUACGCUUCCUGCAAGAGACUAGGGUCCAGUUACAGAGCACUGCCCAAGAGCUACCAGCAGCCUAAAUGCACAGGAAGGACCCCGCUUUGCAAAGAGGUUUUGAAUGACACUUGGGUAUCGUUUCCAUCCUGGUCUGAGGAUUCAACAUUUGUCAGCUCCAAGAAGACUCAGUAUGAAGAGCACAUUUACAGAUGUGAGGAUGAGCGUUUUGAGCUGGAUGUGGUCUUGGAAACUAAUCUAGCCACAAUACGAGCCCUUGAGACUGUGCAGCGGAGGCUGUCACGCAUGUCUGCUGAGGAGCAGCUGCGCUUCAGGCUGGACAACACGAUUGGCGGCUGCUCUGAGGUCAUCCACCGUAAGGCCAUCCAGAGGAUAUACGGGGAUAAAGCUCACGACAUCAUUGACGGACUCAAGAAGAACCCAGCUGUUUCUGUCCCCAUAGUGCUCAAGAGAUUAAAAAUGAAAGAGGAGGAAUGGAGAGAAGCUCAGAGAGGCUUCAACAAAAUCUGGAGGGACCAGAACGAGAAGUAUUAUCUGAAGUCACUCGACCAUCAAGGCAUCAACUUUAAGCAGAAUGACACCAAAGUGUUUCGCUCAAAGACCUUGCUCAAUGAAAUUGAGAUGCUGUAUGAUGAGCGUCAGGAGCGGGCAUCUGAGGAUACUGCCACACCACCAGCCAGUGGCCCACACAUGACCCUGCCAUAUGAGGACAGCCAGAUUCUAGAGGAUGCCGCUGCCCUAAUCAUCUACCAUGUCAAGAGACAGGUGGGCAUCCAGAAGGAGGACAAGUACAAGAUCAAACAGAUUAUUCACCACUUCAUCCCAGACAUGUUGUUCGCACGGCGGGGUGAGCUUUCUGAGGUGGAAGAGGAGGGGGAAGAAGAGGAGGAAGAGGACACGGAGAUGGACCAAAUCAGCAGCAAGAAGCACAAUGGCCUCCCGAGCAACAGCUUGACCAAGUCCAAGCUUCUCUUCAGCAACACAGGGGCCCAGAAGCUGCGAGCCCAGGAUGAGGCCUACAACCUGUUUUAUGUCAACAACAACUGGUACAUCUUCCUACGUCUUCACCAGAUCCUCUGCUCUCGGUUGCUGCGUAUCUAUACUCAGGCUGAGAGGCAGAUUGAGGAAGAUGCCCGUGAGAGAGAGUGGGAGAGGGAAGUCUUAGGGCUCAAACGGGAGAAAAAUGAGAAUCCGGCCGUCCAAUUGAGGAUGAAAGAGCCUUUGGAUGUUGAUGUGGAAGACUACUACUCAGCCUUUCUUGAAAUGGUGCGGAAUCUUCUGGACGGCAAUAUGGAGCCUGCUCAGUAUGAGGACUCCUUGAGGGAAAUGUUCACCAUCCAUGCCUACAUUGCCUUCACUAUGGACAAGCUUAUUCAGAGCAUAGUACGGCAGCUCCAACACAUUGUGAGUGAUGAUGUCUGUGUACGCGUGACCAACUUGUACCUGAGUGAGAGUAGCAGCAAAGCGACCGGGGGCACACUGUCCACCCAGGCAUCCAGGGCUGCUGCAGAAGGGGGCUACCAGCGCAAGGCAGAACAGCUUAUGUCGGAUGAAAACUGCUUCAAGUUGAUGUUUGUGAAGAACAGAGGAAGUGUUACUCUGUCAAUGGAGCUGCUGGACACAGAAGAGGAUAAUUCUGAUGAGCCAGCCGAGGUAGAGAGGUGGUCAGACUACGUAGGCAGAUACCUGAACUCAGACACUGCAUCCCCAGAACUGCGCGAACACCUGGCCCAGAAGCCUGUGUUCCUCCCCAGAAAUCUGAGGAGGAUCAGGAAGUGCCAGAGAGGGCGGGAACAGCUGCAGCAGGAAAGGACGACCAAAGCGACCUCUGACCAAUCAAAGAUAGAGUGCAUGUUCAAGCUCAACUCAUACAAGAUGGUGUAUGUCUGCAAGUCAGAGGACUACAUGUACAGACAUACAGCACUCACACGGGCUCAUCAGUCCCACCAGCGGGUCAACAAUCGACUGCACAGACAGUUCCAAGUGUGGCUGGAUGCCUGGGCUGAGGAGCAUGUGACCAGCGACAUGGCAGAUGAGAACCACAAGUGGCUGAUGGGACUGGGAGGAGAGGGCCUGGUGUCCUGCACUACCACCUGCAUGCCAGAGGUCCUUCAUUACCUCAGCAUAAACAAGUACCUGGUGAGGUAUGGGACAGAGACACCCUAAUCAACAUUGUUCUGUUUUCAAGAAUUGAAGAGGGUAUACACAAGAGACAAUAUUACUAGCCAAUAGUAGUUUAUUAUACAUAUUCAUAUAGAUUUUUCAAAGCUGCCAUUGCUGGAGUAAAUUGCCAAAACUUUAACUUUAAGGUGGUUGUUGGUUAUCUACAAAUCACCAGUCUAUUGAGUUAUUUUUUUUUUCAUUAUAUGGUGUAACCUAUUCAGAAACGAUGUACUAACGUUCCUGAGGUUAUAAUUUGAUAAUAAUUGCAGUAGCAUGUUGAUAAAAUCUCACCUAUCUGAACAGUCCAGUAAGGUUUGAUGCAGAUGCUUCGGAUGAGAUGGGUCAACAGACUAUGCGCAAGGAAAAUCAAACACUAGUUUAUGUUGCCAGGAUUGUGAUAUCUUCCUGUUUAUAGCAAUUCUGUUUUGAAAGCAAAAUAUCUCACAAAACAUUUUGUGACGACCACACACCAAGUUUAAACAAAUUAAAAUGCUUUUUUUUUUCUUUACGGACCACCAAGUUCACAAUUAGUUUCUGAGAAUAAGCAAAAGAAAAAUGAAUAACCUCAGCUCUUUGUGAUGAGUAACAAGAUCAAAUACAAAUCUGUGACCGCUAUGAACAUGUAUUUGUACAAGGACUUGUGGCUUAUUUUGGCUUCCAGCUGUAAAAUUGUAUAGCUUGUCAAGGUUUUGUUUUUGGUGAAUAAGGCAGUAGUACACUAUAUAUUCAAUAUUUCUUGCAAGUGCUGGAUUGAUAUUUGGCAAUAAUACAAUGCCACUUCGGUGUAUUAAGGACAUUAAGUUCCAACUGCCCAAACACUUCCUGUAAAUAACUUGUUGAUAUAGUCUUUUUUUAUUAAUAUAUCAGAGAUUGUCAUUGAUGUGUAGCAUACAUUAACAAACUUAGUAUCAAUCUUUUAGGUAGAGGUUGCUGAGAAAUAUAUUAAGAAACUGUGGACAUUUUAACUACAUUUUUUUACCAAAGGAUGUUUAUUAGAGACCCUUUCCCUGUUGUGGUCUGUUGAACGCGUUGUCCUUAACAUUGCUAGAAUAGCUUUUUUCAUUCUCUUGAAAAUACUCAUUUUAUACAUUUUUCAAGGCCAUACUGUCCUUUUUCCAUUUCUGUUUCUGCAUUUUAUUUUAUUUUAUUUUAUUUUUUGUGGCUUUAUGGACAUUGAAUGUAGCUGAGCGACAGUUGAUGCUUUUUUGAAAGCAUUUUUUCAAAGUGCUGAUGUUAAGUACUCUUAUUUUCUCCGUGUGUGGUGAUCCUGACUCCCUUACCAAACGGUUAUGUCGUGUAAGAGGACAGGCUCGUAAAAUCCC